AUGCUCUCUGGGAGAGUCCAUCAAGUGGUGCGCACGCUAAGCCAUCUGCGUGACCGCUCCGCAGUCAUCGCAUCAUCAUGGCGAUGCACAUUGGUUACCUUCCAUCGACAUCGAAGAUUAGGGAGUUUUAUAACUUCGUCCAGGAUUGUUCAAGCUUUGACGAGGCGUACUCUAUGCACUGCCCAGAUAAAAAGUAGCAAGGAGGAGACAUCUGCCAUAGUGGCAACACCUUUACUAUCCAAGCUAUUCCCACAAACUGCUCCCGACGUGGACCAUGCGACUGAAGAGGAGCGCCGGAAACGCGACGAAGAAGAGGCCAGGGAGAACGAACGUGCUUGGAAACGCAUGAAGCAAGGCUUUGUCCUAUUUGGUAGCGGCAGUUUGGCUGUGAUUGUGUGGGGAAUUUAUGUAUUUGGUGGACCCCAAUUGGAUGCCAAUGGUCAGAUUAUCGAGGACGAGUUUAGUGGCAAUCCACUGGUACAACAAUAUGUGCAACGACUAUGGAAGUCUUUAGAGUAUUAUCGAAAAAUUCUCCAGGAACCAUCACGAUCUCAUCUGUUGCCCGAUCCGGUUCAGUAUCCUUAUAUCCAGCCAAAAUACACCUUGGUUCUGGAAGUUAAGGAUGUUCUUAUUCAUCCCGAUUGGACAUAUCAGACUGGUUGGCGCUUUAAGAAACGUCCCAAUGUGGAUGUAUUUCUGGCCGAGUGUUCCAAAGAUUUUGAAAUUGUUGUCUUCACUGCAGAACAGGGAAUGACCAUGUUUCCCGUAAUAGAUCAGCUCGAUCCAAAAGGAUAUAUCAUGUAUCGCUUGGUAAGGGAUGCAACCCAUUUUGUUGAUGGCCAUCAUGUUAAGAACUUGGACAAUUUAAAUCGUGACCUAAAACGGGUUAUAGUCAUUGACUGGGAUCCGAAUGCUACCAAAAUGCAUCCGGAUAAUACAUUUGGCCUUCCUCGAUGGCAUGGAAACGAUAAUGAUGUCCAGCUUCUGGACUUGAUGGCCUUUCUAAAGACAAUUGUCCUCAGUGAUGUCGAUGAUGUGCGUGAAGUCUUAUACUAUUAUCGCCAGUUUGAAGAUCCAAUCAGUCAGUUUCGCGAGAAUCAACGUAAAUUGGCCGAACAAUUGUUGGAAGCAGAACGCCUUGAACAAUCGAAGGUUAAGCCUAUGGUCAAGAAGUGGUCACGCAGCAUAUCCUCCAGAUACUAAAUGAAAUUGACGCAAAUCCGUGUAAUAAUUGUUUCGAAUGGAUUCAUUUCCAUGACCAUAUUUUUUUUGUCUAUCACAAGAAGUACAAAAUUAUUCUCCAAAGUACUGAGCUAUUUUGAGAAUGUAAUCUGUCUACACAAGAAAUUGAAUCUCUAAUAAAUUGAUUCUAAAGUUAUAAUUUUA